AGAACAAUGUUCAAUUCCUGCAAAGAGUUCAAAAUCAGCGAAGCUGUCAAAAAUGUUUCACGAUUUGAGGAUGGAGAACAAUAUUCCACUGACAUAGAAGAACGAUUCAAUAUUCCGUGGAGAAUGGAAAUAAAGAAGAAAAAUGGAUAUUUUGAGUUUUAUUUGAAAUGCGAAAAAGAAGAAUGUGAAAACAGAAAAUGGUCGAUUGAAGUGGAGUUCACAUUGAAAUUGGUAUCGCAAAACGGAAAAAGAUUGACAAAAAACGGACAGUACACAUUCGAAAAGCCGAUUGGAAACGGUUGGCCCAAAUUCAUCAGUUGGAAGGAGUUGGAAAACUCUCCGUGCAUUGAAAACGAAAAUCAGAAAUUAUUUCUUUUGAAUCACACUGUUAAGAAUGUUUAAAGCAUUAAAGAAGGAAGCGACUACUAUACAAAAACAGAAAAACGAUUCAAUAUUCCAUGGAGACUACUGAUUCAAAGAAGAAAUGGGUUUUUUGGAUUAUAUUUGCAAUGUGAUAAAGAACAAUCCAAUAGAAGGAACUGGACAAUUGAAGUGGAUUUUAUGCUAAAACUAGUCUCCGUAAAUGGCCAGAGUUUAUCUCAUGCUGGAACAUACACUUUCAACAAACCAGAUGGUCACGGCCGGCAAAAACUUAUAAGAUGGGAUGAUAUGUUAGAGAAGUAUAUGGUGAACGACAGUAUCAUCAUUGAAGCACGUGUAAAGAUAACUAAAAUGACUGGAUGUGAGGAGGAAACAAGUAUUGAUGACCUGGAUGAUGAAUUUUCUGAUUGUGUGAUCAAUGUCGGAGGGAACAAUUACACUGUUAAAAAGCAAUGACCAAUUUUAAAUUAUAAUUAGUUGAUCACUUCCUUCCUCAUUUUCCUUUAUCAAAGUGGCAUAGUUGAAAAUUUUCGGAAUAAUUUCAACUUAUGAGUAUUUAUACUUUUCAUAUUCUAUUUAUUCGUCCCAUCGUUCACUUUUUCAUUUAACUUCAACCAAUUUGUACAUGUUUUUUUUAUCAAUUCACUGAAAAGGUUCGGUUCCAGUUUCUUUACUUUUCCAUAAAUAACGAUUUUACUGCUUCUCUUUAUGUUGCCUUCCUCACUGUUAAAAUUUACUGAUAAGAUGUUUUGUAACUCCUUUUUUUAUUACUAAUAAUUGAAAGUCUCUUUUUCUUUGAAUUGUUCUUUGGUUCACGUUUCCAGUUUUUUUCACACAUUGCUCAAGUGAAAACAAUUGUUGUCAUUUGUCCUCAUUACUGUUCUAUUUUUCAAUAUUCAGUGAAUGAAUCUAAUUUUUAAAGAAAUA